CUAAUUCAUUGCCUAAGGGGGAGGUGGUUCUAUCACAUCCAUUUAUGAGAACAGGCCAUAAAUUGCCUCUAAAUAUUUCUUUCCAUGCGGUAAUCUUGCUGGUAUAUUAAUAAUACUUUCUUUAAAAACAGACCUUUCGGCAGAAUAGAAGCCACAGUAAAUUGAAUCAUUUUAAUAACAGGAGCUGGUUAGUAACUGAGAUCCUUUUAACAAGUCAGUGUUUAGUUUGGAUCAAUAAACUGGACUAAUAAUUUUCAGCACAACGGGACCCAAUGACAAUAGUCCAUAUGCAAGGACUGUUUCAAACUAAACAGGCUUAUUUGUUGAAAGUCAGAGUGAGCACCGCAUUAAAGAGACGGAGGAUUUCCAUAUGAACAGACAUGCAAUUUCAGCAGGGGACUCAGGUAGAUGAUGAAUCUGUUGGUCUGCAGUGUGAACAGGCUCAUUACAUUUUAUUUAUUUAUUUUUUGCUUUUUUGGUUUUACUUGAGUUGAAGUGCAAAUGCAGAAAAAUGCUCAUUUACAAAGUUCUGCAUUGGACAUUGGUUCAAGCACAUUUGUAGACAAAUGACAUACAGUGCUCAAAAUGUAAAAAAAAUGUUAGUGUUGUACAUUGUAUUACAAGCCCACAUAUGGAUGCUGUAUAAACUGGAGAGGUUUGCAAAGCCUUCCCUGGAAAAAGUUUGGAUGGGAGCAUGUGUUGAUAUAAAACCUGUAUUCACCUUGGUGUCUUUCCAGAGGUGCAAACUAUUCCAUUGGCACUAAUGGAAGUCUGGAUUUUACGUUGAACAUUAUCCUGAACUUGCUUCAAAAUUUGUAGAUACAUUUGAUUUCUUUUUUCUUUUCUCUCUUUUUUUAAUUUUAGUUUUGCAGAUAGUUGAAAAUCCACCCAGCUUUAUGUCUGACUCUGCCUCUGUAAGCUCUUUUUACCCAACUUUUAAUGUUUUUUUUAGAUGCGUUGCUUCUACCAUAUUCUAGAAUUCCUUUUUUUCAUGAAUUUGUAAAAUUUCUCUUCAACAUUUGAUUAUGUUCUGUUGUAAAGACAAUCAUUGCAGUCAGUUAUUUAAAUUUUUAAGGUUUCCCGAUAUCUUAUGAAUUGAGGUUGUUUCUUUGUAUAGCUGUUCAAGGUUUGUAUUGCAACUAAAGUUUUUACUAAGCUACUUUAUUUUUGUUGUUCAGAAGUCAGAGGAGUUGAGAUGGGAUUUAAAACAAAGUAAAAAAAAAAAAAUAAAAAUCAAGUAAGAGGAACAGAAAUGAAAACAUAAUUAAAAAUAAGUGGAUUAGCGGGCUCUUUUUCUAGCUCUGACUCCCUGUUUGCUCAUUAUCGAUAGACGAGCACAACACUGAUUUCACCAGGUGAGGUGGUUUGGGAAAUGGGAUGGAGGAAAUGAGAACCACGAUCUUUGUAAAAACGCCUUUGAAUGAAGAAAAAACAAGUGCAAAAUUAAUAAAACUUUGAUCAGUACCUGAGCUCGCGCGGCCAACCAGAGGAAUUCAGCUGUGUGGUUGGUUCACGCCCUCUGCGUCAACGCGCUGAUUCGUGAAGUGAAACUGCUCCUCUCCGCCUUCAGUCUAGUACUCUGCUCUCUGUCACUCCCUCUCUCCACAGCUCCUACUCAUCAUGCUGACAUGGUUCCUGACCCGGCACGGAGGAUUUCGCAAUUUUUAGUUCACUAGCGCACCAGGAAAAGCCCUUUCCCCCCCACAGACUUGCCUGUAAAAUGGCCCAGCAGAGCAACAGCUGUCACUAUAAUGAGUCCAUGGCCUUCUUUUAUAACAAAAGCGGUGGUGGUGGUCAUCAAUGGGACCAUACUCAGCUCAUCCUGGUCCGGGUGGUUGGCUCUCUCUUCUGCAUCUUCAUCCUGGUCUCCAAUGCUAUGGUCAUAGCUGCUGUCAUCACCAAUAAGAGGUUUCAUUAUCCUUUUUACUAUCUCCUUGCCAACCUUGCUUCCUCGGACUUCCUCGCAGGCAUAGCAUACGUGUACCUAAUGUUUAACACGGGCGAUGUGUCACCGAAACUUACGGUCAGAGAAUACUUCAUCCGCCAAGGUAUUUUGGACAUCAGCCUCUCAGCCUCACUGGCUAAUCUUCUUGUUAUAGCGCUGGAGCGCUACAUCUCUGUGAUGAACUGGAAAGUCCAUAGCAACCUGACAAAAAGAAGGGUGACCCUGCUGAUUUUUCUGGUGUGGGCCAUCUCUAUCUUCAUGGGGGCCGUGCCUAGUCUAGGCUGGAACUGUAUCUGUAACCUUGAUGACUGCUCCAAGCUAGCUCCUAUCUUUAGCAAGAGUUACUUGAUCUUCUGGUCAGUCUCUAACCUGGUGGUGUUCCUUGUCAUGGUGGCAAUCUACAUGAGGAUCUACAUCUACGUCAAGAGGAAGACGGCAAUACUCAUGCCCCACACCAGUGGCUCCAUCAACCGCAAGAGGACUCCGAUCAAGCUCAUUAAGACAGUCAUGGUUGUGCUUGGAGCAUUUGUGAUUUGCUGGACCCCUGGGCUGUUGGUCCUACUAAUGGAUGGCCUUGGCUGCGAAAGCUGUAAUGUCAUGAAAUUUAAACCUUGGCUGCUGCUCUUGGCUGUACUCAACUCUGUCAUGAACCCCUGUAUCUACUCCUACAAGGAUGAAGAAAUGUGGACAACUUUCAAGAACCUCAUGCGCUGCAUUGGCAAUGGUACUCGUAGGCAGCGGUCGACGCGGGCCAACGCCAGGCCUCUGAACUCGGGGCAGGAUACCAGCAACAGUCCAUCCGAGGAAAUGUAAAGCGAUGAUUAUAGAAAACUAAAGAAACAGGAGCUAAUGAAAUAUUUUGCAGAACCUUGGUCACCUCUGAGUGGAUUUAUUUUAUGAAGGUACAGCUUGGAGUUGACAUGAAAGAAUGGCCUCUCAUUUCAGCUGCAGCUGUCUUCUGUGUCUUCAAAUCAGAAGAAUUUUCUUAGAGAAAUGCUGCAGACCAGCCGCAAUGCUGUGCUGAAGUUGCUGUUAGAUUUCUUCUUCGUGUGCCACUGAUUCGUCUAAUGCACGGAAAGAUGUGUUAUUGUGGAAUUUUAAAAUAGUUGGACAUGUGACUCUCACUUUUGUGUAAUGGAAGAUUCCUGUUGCAUUUUCAUCCUGAUAUACAUAUUUUUUCUUCCUUUUCGCAUUCUUUUGGGUCAUUUAAAUUUGGCUGAUACUGUGCAUCACGACUGAAAGAAGUCAUUAUUAGGUACUCAGCUGUAUACUAGUCCUUUUAUCCCUGCAAAAGUUAGUGUACAAUAUAAAUAUACAUUUUGUGUAUAUUUGUUGGAAUUAUCUGGUAUGUUUACUGUUAAUGCAGCUUUUGACAGAAAAAUAUUGCUGUGGAAAAUCUAGUCAAUAAGUAAAUUUAAUAUUUCUUUUUUUAGUUUUUGCAUUGGCAGGGGCAGUACUUUUUUUUUAGAAUACAAUGUAUAAAAUACUGUAAACUGCUGUACUGUAAGCUCUACUUGAAUGUUUUUCAUGCUCAGCUUGACAACAUUGUCGCCACCAUUUACAUUUUGUCAGUUCUCUCAACAUUUACUUCACCUAUUCAAACAGAAACUCCCCCUUACAGCACCUUGUGGACACAAACUUAAUGUAACUUUUUCUUUUGCUUCUCUUAUUUACCUGUUUGAGUAACAGUUGCUAAAGUGAUGAAACAGCUAUGACUGUAUCUGACCGUAGAAGGGCUGUAAAAGUAUGUUGCAACACUGGAUUCUUGCUGGAUGUUCAGCACACAUUGUGUGCCUGCAGGAACCAUAGAGGGCACGAGGACAACUCCCUUCCCACACAGACACCAACACAAAUCCCUACAGACUGCUCUGAUUAUACCUUUGAUAAAUCAUUGACAGACUUUCAGUGACUUCUCAUCACAUGUACAGUAUUUAUGUCUGUUAUGCUGUAAAGGACCUUACAUAAUCAAAGCAUUUUUUUUUAUUGAUCUUGGGAGUUUUAGCCUUUAUGAGAGUGGUGAUUGGAAAGGUUUUAAGCUCCAGUUUGUUCACUGAAAUGAGAUCUUCCAUGUUUAUUCCUGUGCACUCUGGACUGUUGGACUUUUAAAAUAAUUAACGCCCCAUAACUUUAUGUAACUUUAGAGAUCAUUUUUGUAAAUUCAUACAUUGACAUCUGUUUUUUUUUUAUUUUUAUUUUAUUUCCUUUUUUUAAAGAUAUGAAUCUUUUAGUAUUCAUGACAUUUCUAGCAACAUAUCAGUCAGGCAUCUGACUGUAAAACAGAUUUGUGGUACUAUAAUACCCCAUAGCGGUUUGUAGACCACCAGUUUGAAAGCAGUAUUUGUGUCAUUUGACUCAGUCAUUCUAAUGACAUAGGACAUUAUAAAUAGUUAGUGAAACUGGUGGGAAACCAGUUGAUACUAUGAGUCCAAUCAAAUACUGUCUUUUGCCAAUAAACAUUUCCAACUGAAUGAAAUACCUGCAAGUAUUCAGGUAGCAGCCAUGAUAAGAACUUGUUAAUGCCAAGUGUGAGGAGUUUCUGUUCUUUCUUCAUUGUCUCAUUUAGCAAAGAAAAUAUAAAACCAUUCUUUAUGAAAGGAAAGGAAAGUAGAUGAUUCGGUCCCAUAUUAUCUUGCACACAGCAUUGCUUGAAUUAUUUCCAAUUUGUACUUUAAUUCAUGUAAAUAAAUAUGACUGGUG